CGAGCUUGAUUAGCUUGGCAAGCUGCAUCGUCAUGGCGCUUGCGCCGGCCUGGAAGAAGCCCCGUGUUGCUGGACCUGUCGUGUGGUGGCUGCGAAAUGAUCUUCGAUUGGAGGACAACCCAGUUGCUCGAGCUGCAGUCGCAGAAGCCUUGACAGACCAGCGCCCACUAUUGCCGAUCUUUAUCUUUGAUCCUCGAUUUCUGGAUCGUUCGCCAUAUGGGCGCGUGACAGAUCCUGACUUCAAGAAGUCGAUCUCCACCCGCAAACCUGUUGACUUUGGCAGCCGAAAAACGAAUGCUCUGCGAGCGCGAUUCUGGCUUCAGUGCGUCCGCUGCAUCAGCAACGCACUUUCAGCAAGCGGCAGCCGCUUGUUGGUAUGCCAUGGCAAGCCUGAGGAGGUCUUGGCUUCACUUCCCACGGGAUCCCUGGUGCUGUGUCAGAGCGAGCCAGUUUCUCCAGAGCAAACGGAUGUGGAAGAUGGUGUGGCUGCAGCUCUUGCAGACAAGCAUGGUGAGAUCUGGCGCAAAUGGGGUGCAAUGAGCUUGUACCAUCGAAAGGAUCUCCCGUUUAGAGUGGGUGAAGCUCCUGGCAACUACACUGAGCUGGCCCUGACCUUGGGCUGGGAGGACCUCUGGCGUUCACCCGGUCGAACGCCUGGUGCUACACCCAUCCGCUCACCUGUAGCAGCACCCCAGCGGCUGCCACAGGCUCCAGAUGUCGAGCUUCCUGGCAUAAUGCCUGCUGCCGUUCUGGCGGAUGAUCGCGAAGCGCUGAAGAUGCUAGGCUACAGCCCAGAGGAGGUGGAGGAGGCCAUGGUGCAGAAGUUGCCUGCGGGUGGUGAGGUAGCUGCGCGCGACUGGCUGGAGAAGUGGCUUCGCGAAGAAGGUGAGCCAAAGGAUCUUGUCGAGCCAGUCCUUUGGGAUUUGCCCACGGGUGGCGUCACAAAGGGCCAUGAUGCUCUGCAGUGGGCGAAUUUGGCCCGUCCUGAUGGCUGGUUGCGCGUGUCGCAUUACAUGGCCGUGGGCUGCAUCUCUGCUAGAGAGAUCUUGGCUCGUGCUGAAGAAUCGCCAAAUUAUAACGGUGUUGCUCAUCGCCUGCUUUGGAGAGAGCUCCACCGCUUCAACGCCAUCAGGUGGGGCCGGCGGCUCUUUUGGCUGCAGGGCCCAGGCCGUGUGGAGAGGCCCUGGUCCUGGGACACCGCUGCAGUGGAGGCAUGGAAGGCAGGGCGGACUGGCGUGCCCUAUGUGGAUGCAUGCAUGCGGGAGCUCCAGCAGACGGGCUGGCUUGCUUACAAAGGCCGCAAGACAGUUGGCUUCUAUUUUGUCUUCAUCUUGGGUUUGGAUUGGCGAAUUGGCGCUUUCCACUUUGAGGAGGUGCUUCUGGACUACGAUGUGGCUAUGAACUACGGGAAUUGGGUGGUGGUGGCAGAGGUGGACAAGAGCAACCGUGGUGCACAUGGCUUUAAAUCUGUGGAAGACCUUGCGGCAUGGAAGAAGGAGGAGUUCGAGUGGAAAUUGAGUGCGGAGAAGAAGAAUGACGCCGCUGGGGAAUAUCUUCGACGCUGGUUGCCGGAGCUGUCGAAGGUCGAUGCCGCCCACAUCCACGAGCCCUGGAAAAUGUCUGCCGAACUUGCUUCGCGAUGUGGCUGCGAGCUGGGACGAGAUUAUCCCCAUCCCCUUGGUGGGCCCUUCAACCUUAGGGAGGAGAACGAAGACACCGAACGGCGUAUGCAUCCGAAUGACAGCAGCGGUGCUCUCUACACGUACAAGCAGUUUGUUGACUUCGCCUUGUCCAAAGGGUAUCCGGCAAGCUUCGGCAAGAAGUGCUGGGAGCAGGCGCAGCUGUCAUCGUCGUGCAGCUUGCAGGAGCAAGUCACCCAGUUGCAGGGACAACUUGAGGCGGCCGAGCAGCAGCUGCGGACUCUACGCGGAACGUGAUGUUGCCAGAUGUGGCGAGAUGGGAGAGGCAGAAGUUCACUAUUGCGGUUGCCGUUUGAGUUGAAUACACAGCUGAGGCAAAAGCAAUCCGGUAGACAUGGGUGUCAAGCAGCAAAAAUUGCACGUUCGCCAUGGCAAUCUGAAGGAAGCGGCAACAACACGACAUACAAAUGAAAACAGGCAGCAUUCUGUCUAUGGUAUUCACGGACAAGCAGAGAGGCAGGGAGAGGCAGGAAGACUGGAGCCACAAUCAAAGCCGCGGUAG